UAAAUACCCAAAUAACCUUCUUAGCGAAUUGAUCCUUAUUUGAGGGCGAGAAAGAAAUCAAGCAAUUGAGUCAGCGAUCGUCGAGAGGUGUGUUGAUUUUGUGAUCUGAGUGGAGGUUGUGCAACAAGUCAAGAAAUCAAGGGGAAAUAUCAGAGAUGUGUUUAGUGUUUGUUUGCGAUGAAGAUGAGAGGGUGAUAGGGAGACAGGUAGCGCCUGGAGCGUGUCCUUACUGUGGAGGGAUGAUUCAGGCCAUGGAUGUAGAAAGCCAGUGGAGGUUCUGUUUCUUGCCUCUAUACUUCAAGACCAAGAGGAGGUACUAUUGCUCUGUUUGUGCCAAACGCUUGGUGCUCCAAAACUAGGGUUUUCUUAUAGAAAAUUUCAUGUACAUAAUACUUGAAUAUGAAUUUUCAAUUGGGUUUUUGAUAUUGACUUUGUUUAUUUGGUGUGGUAGAAUUUCGUAAGAUGGGAUAGAAUUUUAGUCUUCA